CAUAUUUUAUCUUCAUAGUUCAUGUUAUAAACUUCGCGAGUAAUGCGAAAUUGAGUGCUUCCAGUUAUAACAAAAGUAAAGUGAUAUCUGUCGAGAAAGAAUCACUUAUCAGUGAAAAAUUAAUAACCACGUGCCAAUCUCGUCGUCAAAUGGCUCAGCAAAGCGCAAUCGUACAAACAUCCAAUGCUGGCACAGAUAUUGUAUCCGUGCUUGGAACUUUGCAAUCUGUAGGACCCAAUAGUCAGAGCUCACCAGCCUUGCCUAAUAUGCAAAAUAACGUGACUACGACAACCACUGUGCAACCGCAAACGCAAUCUCAACAGACGCAAUAUGUAUCACAGCCUCCGAAACAAGUACAAGUGCAGCAACAACAACCACAAACACAACCACAACCACCACCAGCUCCACAAUCACAGCCACAGUCUCAACAACCACCGCCACCACCACCACCACAACAACAACAGCAACAACAACAAUCAUCUACUCCGAGUUCUUUCAAUGAUUUCCCACAGUUUUUAACAAAAACAAGGUUAGAAGAUUUAGUAAAGGAGGUAGAUCCUACUGAGCAGUUGGAUGAAGAAGUAGAGGAAAUGCUCUUACAACUGGCAGAUGAUUUUGUGGAGACUACAGUGAAUGCAGCUUGUCUAUUGGCUAAGCAUCGUCAUGCAAAUACAGUAGAAGUUAAAGAUGUACAGUUACAUUUAGAAAGGAAUUGGAAUAUGUGGAUCCCUGGUUUUGGUACAGAUGAAGUACGUCCAUAUAAACGAGCAACUGUCACAGAGGCGCAUAAACAAAGAUUAGCACUUAUACGAAAGUCCAUCAAGAAAUAUUAAUUCCUUUGUAAAUUACAUUUAAUUAGUUAAUUAUUUUUCUGAGGUUAAAUGAUUGUAUUUUAUACAUUUUUCACAUCUACUGUUGCUGCUUUAUAGUUCUGACUACUUUGUGAUAAUGUUAAAUUUUUCACUACAGCAAAGUCCAACAAAAAAAUUACUGGUACAGGAGAUUGUUUCUUUUCGAUAGACCAUAGUUGCUCUCAGUACCUAAAGAACCAAAUAGUAUUCUAUAUACAUAUAUAGAAAUGGUUUUAUUACAGAUAUUGUGUAGUCGCUGUUAGCAGCGAAAAGAUUAAUUUCAUACACGUGUUUCUUUUCCGCACAUAUCUCAAUUGUUAUACAAUGCCAUUACAAUAUAAAAAAAAAUAAAAGUAUGUUUGUUAUUAAAACUGUAGAUAUUUUUCAAACUUAUAUAGUAUAUGAUUUAAUGUGACACAAUGUGAUAUGUAACUGAGAUCAUUUGUUGUUAGAUUUUUAAUUGCUUUCAGAUCUGUACAAAGAUCAUAUACAAAAUUAAUCACGCAACUAGGACGAAUUAUAGUUCUAGCUUCAUUGAACACGAAGUUUUUAGAGAACGAAAGAAAGAAUUAAGACAUGUUUUUUUGUGUGAAUACUAUUUAAAAACGCAGAAUAUAUAUUGUAAAUUAGAGAAACGGUCCUCGUAUAGAUAUCACGCGCGAAAGAAUAAGCCGUAACAGCAUAUCACUUACUCGCAAAUAUAAAGACCAUACAAAUAUAAAGAAGAUGUUCGCAAGCUGAUUCGUACACAAUGCAGCAGGUAUUAAAAAUAUAUAAUUAUCUAUUCAUAUGCGCGCGGCCUGUUAUGUGUAUAUAUAUAUAUAUAUAUAUAUAUAUAUAUAAAUUAUAUAUAUAUAUAUAUAUAUAUAAUUUAGACAGCGAUGACACAAUGUAUUACCGAGCGUGUUGUUUCUUCUUAAUCAAUCAUCUGUUUAUUAUUA